AUGCAGCCCGCAUUAUACUUAGCACGGUCCUCAAUGUUUGAACCCGCUAUAGGAAGAGCCAAAGUGUUCGCGAUAACAGAGACUCUAGGAGAGGACUCGGUCUCUUGGGAUGAGGAAGAAAUCGCGAUUCAUGGAUAUUCUGAAUUAUCCACUUCGAAUUGUGAAGCGAGGCCGAUCGCUGUUGUUAGACCGAAGACUACGGAGGAUGUGGCAUUCAUUGCAAAGAUUUGUACUGCUUUUAAGAUUCCAAUGAUUCCAUUUGCUGGUGGCUCAAGCGUUGAAGGAAACUUUGUCGCGCCAUAUUCGGGAUUAACCAUUGACUUCUCGGAUAUGAAGAGGAUUGUAUCAUUCCACCCAGAUGAUAUGGACGUUGUAGUUCAACCGGGGGUAAAUUGGGUUGAUCUCAAUAAACUCCUCAAGAACAGUGGCCUUUUCUUACCACUGGAUCCCAGUCCCACAGCAUUGAUCGGCGGUAUGGUCGCAACCAACUGCAGCGGAACAAAUGCCGUGAGAUACGGUACAAUGAAAGAUUGGGUCGUCAAUGUCACAGUUGUCCUGGCGGAUGGAAACGUGAUCAAAACAAGACAUCGGCCACGGAAAACAUCUGCUGGAUACAACCUGACGUCCCUGUUCACGGGCAGUGAAGGUACACUCGGAAUGAUUACAGAAAUUACGCUGAAGCUGGCAACCAUACCGGAGAAGCAAAGUGUAGCCGUUGCCACAUUUCCUUCAAUCCGCGAGGCAGCGGCUACCGCAUCCAAAAUCAUGCGUACUGGAAUCCAAAUCGCUGCUCUCGAGAUGAUGGAUGAGACUCAGAUGAUGGUCAUCAAUAAGAAUGGAGGAACAGGGGGUAGACUGUGGGAGGAGAAACCCACGUUGCUAUUCAAAUUUUCGGGAACACAGCGAGCUAUAGAAGAGGACGUCGAACGGGUUCGAACAAUCAGCUCGCAGCAUAGCGGAGAGAAUUUUGAGUUCGCGAAGAGUGAGGAAGAAAUGAACAGUCUUUGGGCAGCGAGAAAAGAGUCAUUGUGGGCGAUGCUUGCGGCGCGACCUGAGGGCACCCAGAUAUGGUCUACUGAUGUUGCUGUGCCACUAUCGAGAAUGGCAGAAAUUAUUGACCUUUCGAAGAAGGAAUCUGGUCAGCUGGGGCUUUUCUCAAGCGUUCUAGGACAUGUUGGAGAUGGGAACUUCCACCAAGCUGUGAUGUAUAAUCCGAACGACCCAGAACAGAAGCAGUCUGUUCGAGACUGUGUGCUGGCCAUGGUACAUAGGGCUGUGGAGAUGGAGGGAACUGUUUCGGGCGAGCACGGUAUUGGCCUCGGGAAAAAAGAGUGCCUAUUAGAGGAGCUGGGACCUGAAACUGUCGGGGUGAUGCGCACCUUGAAGCGCAGUUUGGAUCCUCACUGCUUGCUCAAUCCAGGGAAGAUCUUUGAUUAA